AUGGUAGCCAUGGCAAAUGGGCCUAUUGCUGAUGAGCUGCAGCAGGCAGACCUCCCGUUGCUAAGCGACAGUGAGUGCACUUGGACCAAUGACUACAGACCUGAGAGCAUGAUCUGUAACGGGGGUGAGGGUCCAGGCGAGGAUGGGGCAUGCUUGGGUGACUCUGGCGGUCCUCUUGUCUGUGAGAUAGACGGGUCGUACCAAGUGGUGGGGGUGACCAGCUUCGGUGCCGAAACCUGCAGCACCAGCUACCCGGCAGUCUUUGCGCGUGUCUGUGCCUUCCGCGACUGGAUCAACCGCAUCAGGAAGAGCAACUGA